AUGCGAGGCUGCCGGGCCCUGUCUCCCACCUUCCGCUGCCAGGCGGGAUGGGACGGACGGCGCCGUGCCCUCUCGGCCGCGGAACUUUUAGAGGCCGGAACCUGUCGCCCAUCUGGAGGGGAAGAGGCGGGGGGGUGGAAAGAAAAGACGGACGCGGCGCCGCCGCCAUUGCACAAGUUCCGCUCUCGCUGCCGCCAUUCCCGGCCUGUCCCAGCCAUGUACCGGCCGGGAUUCCGCGCACCGACACCUCCCUACGCGGGCGGCGGCUUCCGGAGUCCUCCCUCCGGCGGAGGGCCCCUGCCGCCCUCUCCGCGGGGCUACGGGAGCCCCCACCACACGCCGCCCUACGGCCACCGGCCCGGGCCGUACGGCAGCGGCCUAUCGCCCCGAGGCCUCGGGUUCCACGGGCGCUUCGGGAGUCCCUCGCCGGGGGCGCAGACCCCUCGCAGGCCGCACAGCGUUAGUCCCCGGUACCCGGCUCCGUACGGCGGCGCGUCCCCGUCCGGAGCGCCUCUGCACCCGCCGCCGCAGCACAAGCGCUCGCCCGGCGGCUUCCAGAGGCACUUCCAGGGAUCACCCAGGACAUCUACUCCAUUUGGUACAGCGCAUGGCAGAGAGAAAAGAGUGUCUAAUGAUGUGGAAAACUAUUACAGACCUUCAAUGCUUGAGGACCCAUGGGCUGGCCUAGAGCCAGUUUCUGUUACAGACAUAAACCAGCAAUACAGCAGUGAGCAAACAACGUGUACUGGUAAAAAAGGGAGGUAUUUCAGCUAACACUUUUAAAGGCCAAAUAACUCCAUCUUGUCAGGAAAACUUUGGGACAGAAUCUUUACACUUACACAAGAUGAACAAUAAUCAAGACCUUAGAUAAUACUUUUAUUUCCUCACAUGUCCACCCUUUUAUCCUGCCUUUUUUAUUACAUUGGAUAUUUUUACGUAUGGGAGGCAAAAGGAGUGGUAGGAAAACUUCGAUUUCUGGCUAUGUGGAAGUGCCUACCAUCUCUGAAGAACAGUAUUCUUUAAUCACCAGCGACUGAUCUGUGACGGUUAAAACAAGUUUCCAUAUACUUACCUCUCCCAUGCCAGAUUGUUAGUCUUUUAUUGUAAAGUCUCUUAGAGAGUGGUAUUUUCUAUGUUUCAACAUUUUUAGAAUGAAAUAACUUGGAAAUAAAAUAAAGUUUUGUAAAUCCUUGUUUUGUAAUGUAUAAAGAAUAUUUUAGAAGCUUUGUUAAGGUGUACACAUUUACACAGUAGUUCACAACACUGAAAUUAGGUGACUUCUGUAAACGUGCUUGUAUGCUGGAGUUAACAUCUGGUUUUGUGCAUAGUAAUUUUUGUUAAUUGCAGUGUAAUGUGCAGUUGAAACAUGACUUACAGCCACCUCAGGAAACAGAUGUAUUGGUUUUGGAAAGUUUAAUUUGUUGAACAAACUGUUGAGUCACAAACUUAAUUCUGAAAUUUGCUUUUAUGUUUAAAAAUACAUAUAUUUGGACCAGUAUUAGACAUUUCUGAAUUAUAGUAACAAGUCUAUCCAGUGACAAUUUAAAGAACGCAUGAAACAUCAGGCUUAAAUAAAUGCAAAUGUUCUUUCUGGAUCCACCUGCUAGAAUAGUACAGAAAGAAUGACAGUUUUUGUUACACAAUUGACAUUAGUACAUGCAUAGCAUCUUUUUUUAAUCUGUUUUACAUUUUUCAGUUAUUUUUUAUUUUUACUUAACAGCAGGCAUCAUUGCCAGGAGAAUUGUUUUCUGUGUGUACAUGCUAUAUUUUUAUACUGAAGAGGGAAGCAAUGAGUUGGGCUUUUUUUUAGAGCUUGUCUUUACAUGGGAGAUCCAUGCUUAAAUCCAGGAGUGAAUAUCAUAAUCUAGAAUAAAAAAGAAAUAGUCUCAGCUACAGGCAUGUUCUUAACUUGCCAUGUUAAGCCUGCAGUAGUUAGAUAAAUUUUUGUUGAACAUACCACUGUUUGUUGAUCUUGGCUUUUAAGCCAAGGUAGAGUGUAAAAACUUUGUUAAAUAUAACCGUUAGUGUGGUUUCCAAAACACGUGUUCUUUUAAGCUUCUAACAUACUCAAAACAUAUUUUUGUAGUCCUGAGGCCUGGUUAGGUAGAAAAGCACAGGAAAUCCCAUUCAGCCAUUCUUAGCAACGUGUCUUUUGCUGAGGUAGAAUAGUCCUCUGUACUCUUUAUCUGUUUCAGCAUAAGAUAGGUUAAUACUGCCUUCAGGAACAAGUUCAAACUGUAAGGGGGGGUAAAUAUAUUGAAAUGUGCCGAGUCUCUUGUACUCUUAGGGCCACAAUCUAAAGUAUGUCACUUCUGUUUUCCCCCAGUUGACCCCAGUUUAGUAUCAUAUCCAAAAAGGCUGCCUCAAGAACUGAGAACAUAAUGCCUGCUGGAUAUCAAGAAUAGUUAAAUCUUCAUCCCAGAAUCAAAAAAUGGUGCCUUAAAUGGCAGCUAUCAAUAUUGUUUUCUGUAAUAGGUACCAGGAAAACUGAGAUGACUUGAAAAGUUGUAGUCUUUAGAAUUUAUACGUAAGUUAAUCAAUGUCGUGAAAAUUGAAGUGUAAAGUUUUCUUCUUUUUUUUUUUUAACCUUAUCAGGUGCUGUAAAGCUCACAGAAAAAAAAAAAAGGUUGUACUGUGCUUAACCAAGUACCCUGUUUUGUUGCAGUUUCCCAUGUGAUUGAAAUGCAAUUAAUUUUUUGCAAUAUUUGGUGAUCUUGGAGAAACAAAUAUUUUACUUAAGAGAGUGAAGCCUUGAUGUCUCAGUUAGAUAUGAGAAGAGUCUGGGUUUGGAAGGCAAAAAGGAAAGGUGAGGGAUUCCUGAGAGAAAAGAGACUGUUAGAGGUGGGACUUCAUACACAGAAGCAAGUAUAAGCUGCCCUUGCGCAUUGCAAAGAUGGAUUUUUCCACUUUGGCAUUACAGUUGACCCAGGUAUCAAAGCCAGACUCCUCUGGUACUAACUCUUAACUCCCAGAACCAGGUGUCAGACAUCAGUGAAGGUAAAUGUUUUGGAAAAAGAACUGAGGAAAUAAUCUUGAAGCACUGUUUAAUCCACGCAGAUUUUCUUCAAUGCCAUCUGUUAAACAGCAGCUUCAGUGCACUUUGGGAUAUGACUCAGCAAUUUUAAAUACAUCAUACUGCUAAGAGCUACAGUCAUUUGGUCAAGAAUCAACACCAAAUACUUAAAAAUUAUUCACCUUUCUAACUUCUGGGAGAAAUUCUGUAAUUACGGUAAAACUUAAAUACGUCAUUGUUGAGGAGCUGUAAAAUGCAUGAACAAAUGUUCAGAACUAUAAAUAUAAUAUAUUUAAAGCCAA